AUGGCUGAGGAUGAGGAGGAACUGCUGCGGGUCUAUGGGGGUAUCGACAUGAGCAACCACCAGGAAGUGUUCACCACUCUCUUUAACAAAGUGAGUAGCUCCCCAGCCUCCCUCCAGCUGCUCUCCAUCCUGCAGGCCCUGUUACUGCUGGGUCCAGACCAGGCCAACGUGUGGGAGGCCCUGGAGGUCCUCACCAACCGAGCCAUACUGCUGGCACAGGACUCUCAGAUGGACUCUGCUGAGAAGAUCAUGGAGCGGCUGGUGUUCUCCAAGGGUCGAUCCAGUGGUCAGCAUGCUGUGGAUGGAGUACCUCCACCUCCUCCCCCGCCUCCGCCCAUGCCCGGAAUGGACGGUGGAGGCCCGCCACCACCUCCACCCCUCCCUGGCAUGCCUGGCCUCCCACCUCCACCCCCUCCUCCUCCUGGCAUGGGUGACAUAGUGGUGGCCCAGAGCAGCUAUUCCCUGGGGUGCUCUGCUCCACCCCCCCAAAAGGCAGGACGUUGCCCCACACUACGCAUGAAGAAACUGAACUGGCAGAAACUCCCCUCCCGAGUGGUGACUGAUAGCCAGUCAAUGUGGUCCUCUGUUCAGGUGGACAGUCCCCUGGAGCCAGACUACUCCAGCAUUGAACAGCUCUUCUGUCUGCCUGUGGCUGAGCCCAAAGAGAAGGGAGCUGCUGCUCCUGUCAAGAAGGAGCCAAAAGAGGUUAGGCAGUUGGUCUGUCCAAAUGAGGAGUUUGUGGCGAUGAUUCAGAAAGGAGACCGCUCAAAGUUUGAUGUGGAGGUGCUGAAGCAACUUCAGAAGCUGCUACCGGAGAAGCAUGAGAUUGAAAACCUGAAGUCCUACCAGGGGGAGAGAGACAAGUUGGCCAAUGUAGACCAGUUCUAUCUCCUACUCCUGGCUGUUCCAUGUUACCAGCUGAGGAUAGAGUGCAUGCUGUUGUGUGAGGAGACGGCCUCCGUGCUGGAGAUGCUGAAGCCCAAAGCGGUGCUGGUGGAGGCAGCGUGUGAAAGUCUCAGAGUGAGCACUCAGCUUCCCAGUUUCUGCAGACUAGUCCUUGAUGUUGGAAACUUUCUCAACUAUGGAAGUCACACAGGAAAUGCAGAGGGAUUCAAGAUCAGUACUCUACUUAAGCUGACUGAGACCAAGGCCAACAAGUCCCGCAUCACCCUGCUUCAUCACAUCCUAGAGGAGGCUGAGAAGAAUCACGCUGACUUGUUAAGCCUUCCAGACGACAUUGAGAUUUGUGAAAAAGCUGCAGGAGUGAACCUGGAAUCCAUCCAGUCUGAGGCGAGCUCCUUGUUUAAACGCCUGAAAGACACUGAGAAGAUGAUUUCAUCGUCGGUGGAGGACAUAAAGGAGCAGUAUUCGACUCCUAUUGUGAGGAAUCUGGAAGCUUGCAAGGACUUGGAGGAGCGUUUUGCUGCAAUUGAGAAGAGGAGGGAGGACCUGGCACUGUACCUGUGUGAAGAUGCCACCCGCCUCUCCCUCGAGGAACUCUUUGGCACCGUUAAGACAUUUCGUGGCCUCUUCCUCAAGGCGCUUAAGGAGAACCAGAUUCGCAGGGAGCAAGCUGCUAAGGCAGAGAAGAGAAAGAAGCAGCUGGCUGAGGAAGAAUCCAAAAGACAGAAAGGGGAAAAUGGAAAGAUAAUAAGGAAAGGCCCCCCGCCGCAGGACGAGGGCUGUAUUAUUGACCACCUGCUGGCAGACAUCCGGAAGGGCUUCCCGCUGAGGAAGACGCGGCCCAGGACCAAAUGUCAGACCUGCGGAAGGCGAAGUGGGAGCCUGCUCCCAAGAGGUCACCGAGAAGCCCACUCACACCCAGUCAAAUGGAGGCACAGCCGAGCGACAGACUCCCACCAAAAGCCAAGAAGCGCCGGCCAUGCUGUUGGCCACUGACCCACAGGCAGGACCCCAGAGUACAGGAGAGUCCCAGCCAGGCCUCCCUGUAGAAUCCCCCCUCACACAGGAAGUGCCAGUUGCUAAU